AGUGAGCUGGCAGAAUCUCAGCAGCAGCAGCAGCAGCGCGUAUAUCAGAUGAAAUGGUUUGGCCCUCGGGGUUACAGGAAGUUGUAGCAGCUGCCAUGUUUAGCUGCUUUGUUGUAGAUUUCUUGUAGGUUUCCUGCAGAUUUUUUUAAGUGUUGCAAUGGAGCCGAGCUGGAGUUCAUUUUUAUUUCAGCAGGCCAAUGAAGCCCUUCACCACCAGCACCAGAACAGCCUGCUGCCGCUGCUCAACUCUGAGCCGCAGGAUCAAAAGCCUAUUCUUCCCAUCCUGCUCGACCAGAAACCCCCAGUCAGUGCGGCUGACCUCCUCAAAGACAACAUGGGCGGUGGGACGGGCGGAGGGGGAGGUGGUGGUGGCGGUGGCGGUGGUCAGGUAGUAAUAAAGAAGGAACCCAAGUCAAAGACUCCCUUCAUAUGCGGCUACUGCAACAAGGCCUUUCGGGACAGUUACCAUCUCCGGCGGCAUGAGUCCUGUCACACGGGCAUUAAGAUGGUGUCACGGCCCAAGAAGACAACCACAGCGCCCACCAUGGUGCCUCUCAUUUCCACUGUGCCACGUGACAACAACGGCAACCCCUCCUAUGUCUCCACAGUGGCGGGCAUCCUCACCACCGUCACCACCUCCGCAUCUACGGCCGCAGGCGUGAUGUCAGUCCUGCCUCAGCAGCAGCCAGCCGUACCCAAGAAACCCCCCAAACCGGUGAAGAAGAACCACGGCUGCGAGAUGUGCGGCAAGGCCUUCCGUGACGUCUAUCACCUCAACCGCCACAAGCUCUCACACUCGGACGAGAAGCCAUUCGAGUGCCCCAUAUGUCACCAGCGUUUCAAGAGGAAGGACCGCAUGACCUACCAUGUGCGCUCGCACGACGGCGGCGUGCACAAGCCGUAUAUCUGCUCCGUAUGUGGGAAAGGUUUCUCUCGGCCAGAUCAUCUUAGCUGUCAUGUCAAGCAUGUACACUCCACAGAACGACCCUUUAAAUGCCAAGUUACCGCCUGCACAUCCGCCUUUGCCACCAAAGACCGUCUGCGUUCACACAUGAUACGGCAUGAAGGCAAAGUCACCUGCAACAUUUGCGGGAAGAUGCUGAGUGCCGCCUACAUCACCAGCCACCUCAAGACCCAUGGCCAGGCGGGCUUCACCUCCCCCUGUAACAAAGACUCUAACAACGUGUGCCACUCUGCCUCAGUCACAUCAGUCACUGCUUCAACCGCGUCCAACACUACGGCCAUGAACCGCGGCAUCGCCAGCAACCCCGUCACCAUCGCCGCCCAGAUGAACAUCACCACCAACACGGUCAACAUCACCUCCCCCAUCAGCCUUCAGCAUCCAGUCACCAUCACUGCUCCCGUCAACAUCGCCUCGGUCAACAUCCCAGCUACGGCGCCCAUGAACAUCGCCCAUCCCGUCGCCAUAACCUCGCCCAUGUCAAUGAACAUCACCGGUCCGCUCAACAUCGCCAUGAGGCCAAUGGAAAGCAUGUCUUUCCUCUCGCAGGUCCUGCCUUCCUCUCCUCCCUGGUAGAACCCAACGUCCCACCCGCCUUCUCCUAGUAAACCUCAUGUCUCCCGUUUUAGUCUUUCUCUCCAGCUGUGAGGGGAAAAAAAGAGCCUGGAGGAAUGGCGAGUAUAGGAAAAUGACAGUCCGCAGCGGCAAGGAAUCAUGCGGAUGUUAGCUGGCACUUUGCAUCUCCUUCGCUCGGCUGAGAGAUUGUCUAGAGUUUAGUGAUGGACAGAAAAAAAUAGUUAUGCAUGGAGUGGAAGACUGACAUGCUGUAUGUUUGGUGAUUUCACUCUUCUAGUGCCAGAAAAUCCUUGCCAGUCGGCUGUUUGAAGCGGAGCGCUUCAUUGUUAGUGUUAACGGUUUAAGGACUUUGGCAAAUAUUAACUGUGAGGAUUUUAUUUUUGUUACAUUAGCUUGCUUAUCAGUAUUUCAUAGUUUUAUGCAUUUAAUGAGUCACGUACAACAAAAGGGACAGUGGCUUCCAUUAAUGGAAGAUGAGAGGGUUUUAUUUUUUUUGAGACAAAACUCUACAAAUGAGGAAAAAUUAGAACAAGUUUUUAAAAGGCCUCCUGUCAUUGUAAGCCUUUUAAUCUGUAGCUGUGUUUUUAUUUUUUUUAUUAUUAUAAUUAUUAUACUCUAUAGGUAAUCUUUGGAGUUGGUCAUUCCUGAUUGUAGAAUAAUUAUGUUCAGUUUCAAUAGCUGGGAUAUUCUUCUGCUUAGUGGGGUUGAACAUUAACAGUUACAAUCUUGCACUGAACACAUAUCUCUUUGGUGAUUAUUCUGACGGCAGUAUUAUUUUAGAUCAAAUAUUUUGAGGGUUUGCAUAGAUGCCUGGUCACCAAGUGGCCGACUUCAACACAGAAAGGUCCAUUUGUAUUCUUAAGAGCAUUUAGUUUUGUAACCGUGUAGUCUUUGCUCUUCCUUUCCAAAGGACGAGGGCUGUUUUUCCUUAGGACCUUUUGCUCAGGAAAUUUGCUGAGGGUGUCCCAACUUACUCUGCUCCUGUUAUGGACAGAAUCGCGCGUAACACUUUCUUCCAGACCUAGUUUUCUACGCAAUUAACACACUAAACAUAGUUCCCUUUAUUGGCGAAAACUGAGACGCACCUCAGAGGUUGAGGUGCCAUAUACUCUUAAGCUGUUGGCGUGAUCGUCAGUCACAGGAGCAUGAAGUUAACCUCUGUUGCUUGUUCGUUUACCCCAGUCACAGUAAAAACCAAAACUGCCUUCAAAUUUUCAGGGUUUGUCAUAUUGUUUGGAGUAACCCUGUUUAAAAAUAACAGAUAAAAUCGGCUUGCGCAGAUAUCCCCAAACUAGUCAUUCUCUUCAAUUUUCCUUUCCCUGUUGGAUAUAAUAAGCAAUAUGCCUUUCUCAGUCCUACUUUUGACCGAGCCGGACAGCUGUCGUACCUGUUUUGUGUUAUGAUAUGGGGAAACCGAUGCAAGGUAUGUAGUCACACGUGGCACCAGUUGUGUGCGCUUGUGUGAUGUGAAUGAGUCUCAAACAAUUAGUAAAACCAGCUGAAUGUGAUCGUACUUUAAAUGAUGAUGUCAUAGCUACCACCGCGCUUCGGCGUAAAUCGCCGGAAGAAGGUUUAGUUUGUGUUAACUCGCACCCCCAGUGUUUCCCAACCAGCGUUGACCUGGUAGCAAAGCAUUUGUGGUCUUAAAUUAGUAUUACGUGGACUUACAUGUAGGGAUGUGAAAGCAAAAAUCGUUUAAUGGCCUGUUUUACGUUUUCGUUUUGUUUGUUUAUAAAUGUUGCCUUCGGUAGAGGCGGCUUAUUACGACUGAGAACUGGAAUUCGAGGAAUGUGGCUGAAAAAAACACUACAACAAAAAACAAAAACAAACGAAAGGGUUUUUAAUUGUGCUUUGUGAUUUAAAUGUUUGUCCUUCCACAAUGGCGUCACUUCCGUGCCUGAACUGCAUGUCUGAAAAUGCCACCGUGAAACACAUCAGUCUUCUCUCAGAUAAGACGAGCAGUGCUCAGCGAUGGAAACUGCCUGGGCGGCCAACUGCAGUUUAACUGUUUACCAAAUGUGUGUGGAGAUUUAAAAUCUAUUUUGCGUAUGAAAUAUCAAGUUGCCAUGUUUGAGGAAUUUGUUGGUAUUUUUUUUUUUUUUUUUUAUAUCCUAUAAAGUAUUGCUUAUGAAGUUACUCCUUAUGCAUCAGUAUCUUUUAAAGAACAUUAAUGGGGCAAAAACAAGAAAAGACUUGUUCGGUUUUGGAUUGGAGAGUUUAAAAUAAGUCCAGUCCUUUCAUGUUCUUUUGAUUAAAUUGGCAAACCCAUGUGAAGGCCAAUGAAUGUAUAUCUUUGUACAAAAACAUUUAGCUCAGAGAACGUGGUAGUUACAAUAGACACAUGCAAGGAAAAACACAAGUAAAAUAACCUUUUAUAAGACUUUUUGUAUUAGAACAUUAACAUUGGUAAUUUUGUAUAUAUAUAUGAAGACUAGGCUUUUUUUGGUUAGCAGAAAGGUAAAAACAUUCCUAUUUUUUUUUUUUAAAUGUAUGUCAAGAAUAAUUAUGUAAACACAUUGCGCAAUGUUUUAUGUGCCUUUUAUUUGGGUUGUCUAAAUAAAAGAAAACUGUCAAGUAU